AAAAGAAACCAAACAAAACCCUUUUGUUAUUUUGCUUCAGAUAUAUCAACAGUGGUUCAAUUUCAAUAACAUCCAACUUUUCCAUUUCAAAGGUCAAUUGUUGUGACGCCGCACUCUCAGAAUGAUGCCGAUCUAUACACCCUACCGGACUAUAGUAGAGGUGGUCGUUAAUGGUUCAACACAAUAUCAAUUGAAGAAUCGAAAAUCAAAUUUCUGUAGAAAGAGGAUUUUAAAGGAAGGCAUUAAAUUUUUUUGCAGAUCUUAUAAGAUUUAUGAAAAUAAGGAAGAUGAUACUCAGAUUGCUUUACGAGGAAAACAAAGCAGAAGAAAAUUGUUACUGCACCUAACAAAUAAUUCUAUGGAUAAAAAAUGGAUGAAUUUAGACAACAAGGCUGAUCCUCUAUACGUAGAAGGAGUUAAUAACUUCUUACAAUUUGCAUUUAGCCAACCUGGAAUUUCAAAUAGUAUUCGUUGUCCUUGCAAUGGCUGCAGAAAUGUUGUAUUCAAGAAUAUGGAUGAAGUUAGAUUAGAUCUAUUUCAGAAUGGCAUCAACAGGAGCUAUAAUAUAUGGAAUUUGCAUGGUGAAUCAUUGAUUAAUUUAGAGAAAGCUGAAAACAACUAUGAUGAAAAUUAUGAUGAUUUUCUUGGUAUGCUUCGUGAUGCAUGUGGUGUAGCAGAUAUGAAUGUUGACUUUAAUGGUGAAACUGAUUCUUUUUCUUUUAAAGAGAAUUAUAGCUCCCCAAUUCCUAAUAAUGAUGCAGCCAAAUUCUUUAGGCUUUUAGGAGAUGCCCAGAAAAACUUAUAUCCAGAUUGCAAGAACUUUAAUAAAUUAUCAUUUAUUGUUAACCUUCUGCAUAUUAAGUGUUUAUGCCAAUGGAGUGAUAGAUCGGUCGACAUGUUGUUGUCUUUUCUGAAGAAAACAUAUCCCGAGGGAGAGAACCUUCCUUCUUCCUAUUAUGAGGCCAAGAAAGUCAUAACUGACUUAGGGCUAGAUUAUGUGAAGAUUGAUGUGUGUUGUAAUGAUUGCAUCUUGUAUUGGGGUGAAAACGCUGAAUCACAAGAGUGUCCAACAUGUCAUUCUUCUAGAUGGAAAUCAAGUAGCAAUAUCUCUUCAUAUGGUCAAAAGAUCCCUCAUAAAGUAUUGCGUUAUUUUCCUUUAAAAUCUAGACUUCAAAGGUUAUACAUGUCUAAAAAAACAGCCACAAAUAUGACAUGGCAUAAGAAUGGUCGCACGCAAGACGGAAAAUUGAGACAUCCAGCCGAUGCUAUUGCUUGGAAGUCUUUUGAUGAAAAGCAUAGUGCUUUUGCUGCUGAUCCACGUAAUGUUAGACUUGGAUUAGCUUGUGAUGGUUUUCAGCCUUUUGGAAAUAUGACCUCGCAACAUAGUCUAUGGCCUGUUGUCCUUGUUCCUUACAAUUUACCACCAUGGAUGUGUAUGAAAGCUGAAUACUCUAUGUUGUCAUUACUCAUUCCAGGACCUAAAUCACCUGGCAUGGAUAUAGAUGUAUUUUUGCAGCCGCUAAUUGAUGAGCUGAAACAGUUGUGGGAAGAAGGCAUUGAGACAUAUGAUGCACAUAAUGAGGAAAAUUUUAACUUGCGUGCAUCAAUUUUAUGGACCAUUAGUGACUUUCCUGCUUAUGCGUACCUGUCUGGAUGGUCAACCAAAGGACACAUGGCAUGUCCUUGUUGUCAUAAAGAAACCGCGUCUUGUUAUCUUAAAGGUGCUCGAAAAGUUUGUUAUAUGGGUCAUCGUAGGUUUUUGCCUCGAACUCAUAAAUGGCGUCAGAGAAGUGAGUUAUUUGAUGGUACUAAGGAGAAAAGAAAAGCUCCAAUUCCGUUGAGUGGUGAAGAGGUGUUACAUGAGUUUUCUUUGUUUGAACAAUGUCCUUUUGGUAAGAGUAAGAAGAAAAAGUAUGAUGCAUCUAAUAGUGUUUAUAAUUGGAGGAAGAAAAGUAUAUUCUACCAACUGCCUUAUUGGGAGACACUAUUAUUGCGUCAUAACUUAGAUGUUAUGCAUAUUGAAAAAAAUAUUUGCGAUAACAUAUUGGGCACAUUGAUGAAGCACAAGGAUAAGAACAAAGAUACUGAAAACUCUCGCUAUGACUUGUUGAAAAUGGGCAUAAGGCCAGAACUUCAUCCAAGAACAGAUGGUGCAACGGUGCAUUUUCCUACGGCAUGUUACACUUUAUCCUCAAAGGAAAAAUCUGUAUUGUCUAAAAAAGUUUAUGAACCCUUGGUCGAGCUCAGUGUUUUUUUUAAAGACUUAUGUUCCAAGACCCUUGAUUUAGAAAGCAUCAACAAAUUGCAGGUUCAGAUUAUAAACAUUUUAUGCAAGCUUGAGAUGAUUUUCCCGCCUGCAUUUUUUGAUGUUAUGGUUCAUUUAGCUGUACAUCUACCAAUGGAAGCCAAACUUGGUGGUCCAGUGCAAUACAGAUGGAUGUAUCCAAUAGAAAGGUACUUGCGCACUUUAAAGUCGUAUGUUCGCAAUAUGGCACGUCCUGAAGGUUCAAUUGCAGCAGGCUAUUUAGCUAAUGAGUGCCUUACAUUCUGCUCUAGAUACUUGGUCGGUGUAGACACUAAACAUAACCGAGUGCCUCGUAAUUACGAUGGUGAUUAUUCUCCUUCCGAGGAGGUAGGUUUGGAGAUUUUUAAAGAGGCUGGUCGAGCUUUAGGAAAAGCUAAUCACCAUAGGCUUACUUUAUCAGAGGCUGCUCAAUGUCAUUCAUAUGUUUUAUACAAUUGUGAUGAAGUCCUUCCAUUCAUUGAGCAACAUAAGAGUGAGUUAGCUGUUGUAUCAAAUAACAAUAUUAUGGGUAGACACAAAAAAGAAUUCAAUAAUUGGUGGAAUGUUUACAUAAGACAGGACUUGUGGAUGAUGACCUUAUUUGCUUAG